AUGGCUUUAUCCACCAUCAGCCACGGCAGCUACACUCAAGCUACGGCGGAGACAACCGCCAGCUGUGAUCAGAACUCCCCCAUUUACCAGUAUUUACUUGAACGCUGCCGGAGCUUAGAAGCUAGUUAUGCCGAAUUACAAGAAGAGUUUCAUAUGUUAGAACAAGAACAAUUAUUAGCACAACAAACAUCCUUCUCCUCCACUAAAUCGAGGUUGUUACUAGCAGCUGACGAAAUGACGCCGCCGUUAAUUUCGGAUUGGAUAAGUGUCCCGGAUGUUUUGCCAGUUGGGUUUUCGUAUAAACGAGCAUUGGAUCAGUUGGGACAUGCUGUUUAUGUUAGCAAAGCUAUCACUCGAGAGAUUAUUUACUGGAACCGCUCUGCUGAGAUACUCUUUGGCUAUGAGGACUAUGAGGCACUUGGUCAAACAGUAUCCGACUUACUUAUCUAUGACGAGUUUCAUAUAUCUUCAGAAAAUAUCCUAAAAAGGGUGAGGGCUGGCCAAAGUUGGGCCGGUCAGUUUCCUUUUAGGAAGAGGUCUGGUGUGACAUUUAUGGCUUUAGUGAACAAAAGCCCCUUAUACGAGAAUGGUGAGCUUGUUGGUAUUGUCACCGUCGCAAGUGAUGCAACUUUAUUUAAUAAAAUAAAAUCAGAAAACAUGAGACCAUAUGAGGAAGACCCCUCUAAUGGCCAAGCUAAAACACGGGGGUUAAACUUUAAGAAGAUUCAGUGGAACCCACCACAGCAGUUAUCAUCUUUUGUUUCGAAUUUGACUUCAAAAGAUAUCCUGCGGAAAAGCGGAGGUGACAAUAGGCAUACACGAGAAACAUUAGUGGACAUAGACGGGAACAAUCUAGAAACUGAAAAUGUUAACUUAGAGAAGCCUACAAAAGCACCUCCCCCUAAGCGUGGUUUUGGCUUUAACCUCUGGAAGAAAGCCACUGGUGGUGACACUGCAGAUGAUGAAGCCUCUGAACCUUCUAACUACGCAGCCAAAGUCUUGUCAAAAUUGAACAUCCACAGAAAUGGAAACGCACGGCAAAAUGGUCAUGCCGAUGUCUCAGAAAUCCACGAUGCAGCAAAUUAUCAGCAAAUCUCAGCAGCUGCAGCUCCUGGCCGCGGAUUCUUUGUUACAGAAUAUGAAACAAGGAUAUCUCAUGGAGCACACUCUCCUCUUAGUGCCAACAGGUAUGCAAACGUAAAUGGACAAGUGCUCCCUAAUGUCAUUGAAGAUGGGUUUUCAUUUGAAGACCCCGGGGUGGAGCAGAAUGAGGGUUUUGAAGUAGCAAAACCAGUUAAUCAGUUAGCAGUUUCACCUUACCGCUACUCGAGGAAAGAAUUGGAGCUUGACAAUGACCUGAACUCUGAAGCAGAUUGUGAAAUUCGAUGGGAAGAUUUAAUUUUCAAAGAAGAGAUUGGGCAUGGGUCAUUUGCGCAGGUAUACCGUGGACUUUGGAAUGGAUCGGAUGUUGCGGUUAAAGUAUAUUUUGGUAAUCAAUACAGUGAGCAGGUUUUGCAGGACUACAAUAAAGAGAUUGAUAUAAUGAAAAGACUCCGUCAUCCAAAUGUAUUGCUUUAUAUGGGGUCUGUAUGUUCACAAGAUAAACUUGCCAUGGUCACGGAGUUACUACCUAGAGGAAGUCUUUUCAAUGUUCUUCACAACAGUGCUCACUCUUUAGAUAUCAAACGACGGCUACGGAUGGCUGCUGAUGUUGCGAGAGGUAUGAACUAUUUGCACCACAGAAAUCCCCCAAUAGUACACAGAGACCUGAAGUCUUCAAACCUUCUUGUAGACAAAAAUUGGUCCGUGAAGGUUGGAGAUUUUGGUCUUUCAAAAUUGAAGCAUGCAACAUUUUUAACUGCUAGAUCUGGGAGAGGGACACCUCAGUGGAUGGCACCUGAAGUUCUUCGUAAUGAACCUUCAAAUGAGAAAUCAGAUGUGUUUAGUUUUGGCAUAAUACUAUGGGAAUUAGUCACCCAAAGCAUCCCUUGGCACAAUAUGAAUCCACUACAGGUUGUUGGUAUUGUGGGUUUCAUGGACCGUCGGUUAGACUUGCCAGAAGACAUAGACCCAUCUUUAUCCUCUAUCAUUCAAGAUUGCUGGCAAAGCAACCCAGCUCUCCGUCCAUCCUUUGAGAACAUUAUGAUGAGAAUACCGGGCAUAAUGCAAAAUCUUCCAGGUUAAAGCACAGACUUUCCGAUCAUUCGACUUGGUUCUAGGCUAAUGUCAAAUUUUUGUACUAGAGUAAGAUUGACAUGCUUGUCAGUAUGUCACUAAUCCUCAAAAUUCCUAAUGUAUGAAAUAUCAAGAUCAUAUGUAGUUAUGGAUCGAUAGACAGAUUAUCAGCUACAAUAUUAUAACAAAAUCUGUUUGUUACCA